UAUUAAUCACUAAUUUCUACCGAAAAAUACAAUACGCGCAAUAGAAAAACACAAUAAACCCUUGAAUCUCUUUGGAAUCACACUCAAUAAAUCGUUCUUCGUCACCAUCAACAGUUCCAGAUUUCGCGACUCCCCGAUCGUACCUUCAGCUUCGAUAGUGAAGUAAGCAUCAUCUUUUAACUGGCAAUGGCGUUUGAAGACUUUGAACCAAUCUUUGGCGAACCGAAAGUGGAAUGGGCAGCUCAUAGUUCAUGUCCUUUGCGUCCCUUUUUGUUCCAUGCCACUGCUCCUGACUCUUCUCACAUUGUAGUCUGUGUCACUGAUUUCCACUCUGACACUUGGGAAGCUCGUCUUUCAGUUUCCUUUCUUGAGGACAUUAGGGACAUAAUUGGAAUAGGGGGCUCUUGGGCAGAGUUUGUGGAGUAUUUUGUAACAUCCCUCAAGUCAGAAGAUCUCAAACUGGUUCUAGAGGCAAAUUCAAACUCUGAUGGUGUUAGUCAUGCAAAAUUAGUUGCUCAGAAAUCAAAAGGAAUGCCUCUAAUCACCAUUCCUCUUACCAAACUUUUGGACUCUGCUGUUAAUGAAGCUAUGUCAAAUUUGUCUCUGAACCUCUUUAGGGCAUUCAAAAACAUCACAUGUUCUCUUGUAAAAGAGCAAGAGCGCUCUGUCUGGUUGACAAACAUGAUAGCUGCUGAAAAGGCAAAAAAUGAAACCUUACAAACAGAAUAUCAAAAGUUUCAAAAGAUUAGCGACUCAGAGAAAGCGGGUGUUUCUACUAAUGGACUUAAAAAAUCUCCAGAUAAGCAAGCAGCUCGGGAUACUAAAGUUAAGAAUCGUGUGGUGCCAGUACAUCGCAGGACCAAAGUAAGAGGGGCCCUCUUGCAUGGCAGUGAUGAUGCUGAGUCAUAGCUCAACUCUUACUCAAACCAUUUGCUCUUUGGGAAGUGAAAAAUAUGUCCUGGCUCUAUGUUUGCUUCUUUUUCAGUGUUACAUUGCACUAUUGUAUAGCUUGGAAAGCAUAUAUUACUAGUUAGUGGGAGUCGCAUAAAAUUAGUGAUUCAAAACUCAUUUCCUUGUUAACCAUGCAAAUGAAAUUUGUUCAUUUGAUGCCUGUUCCUCUUCAUGCCCCUUUCUUAACCCCAUUUAGUGUUCUUUCUGUAUAUAUUAGUAGCAUGUUUGGAAUUUUCUUAAUUUGUUCA